UCCUCUACAACUAGGUACUAUACCAUUCCCCAUCCCCAACCACAACAUCUCAACAUCAUACAACCAAAAUGGCCCAACCCACCAAGCAAGAAUACCACCACAUAACCCCCCACAACGCCAAAACCUUCGUCCUCACCCUCCUCGAAAAGAACAACAUCCCCGCAUCCCACGCCGAAACAAUAUCCCACGCCCUCAUCCAAGCCGACCUCCGCGGCGUCGACACCCACGGCAUAAACCGCCUCCCGUCCUACCUCGAACGUCUCCGGCGCGGCACCCUAAACGGGUCCGCAACCCCCACCAUAACGCAAACCACCCCCGUCGUAGCCCACAUCGACGGACAAAACGGGUUCGGGUUCGUCGCCGCGCACGCCGGCAUGCAAGCCGCCAUCGACUCGGCGCAGAUCUACGGGAUCGGGCUGGCGAGCGUGAAGCGCAGUAACCACUUCGGCAUGUCGGCGUGGCUGGUGCAGCAGGCGCUCGACAGCGGGAUGAUGAGUCUUGUGUUUACGAAUAGUUCGCCGGCGUUGCCUGCUUGGGGCGGGAGGGAGAAGCUGCUGGGGGUUAGUCCCAUUGCGUGUGGGGCGCCGGCGGGGGAGUCGCCGGCUUUUGUAUUGGAUAUGGCGCCUUCUGUUGCUGCGCGGGGGAAGAUCUAUAAGGCUGCGCGAAGGGGGGAGGAGAUCCCGGGGGAUUGGGCGCUUGAUGGGGAGGGGAAGAGGACGACUGAUGCGCGUGCUGCGCUGGAGGGCGUGAUGCUGCCUAUGGGGGGGCCGAAGGGGAGCGGGUUGGCGGUUAUGAUGGAUGUGUUUUCGGGGGUGUUGUCUGGGUCUGCGUUUGGGGGGAAUGUGGUUGGGCCGUAUGAUAGUGAGAAUGAGAGGGAGGCGGAUGUGGGGCAUUUUUUGGUGGCGAUUCGGCCGGAUUUGUUUAUGGGGUUGGAGGAGUUUAAGGAGAGGAUGGAUUAUUUGUAUAGGAGGGUUGUUGGGGGGGAGAGGAUGGAGGGGGUGGACAGGAUUUAUUAUCCUGGGGAGAUUGAGUUGAUUGUAAAGGAGGAGAGGAUGAGGGAGGGGAUUCCGUUUGUGGAGGGGGAGAUUGAGGCGUUGAAUAGGGAGGCGGAUAGGGUUGGGGCGCCGCGGUUGGUGGUGGGUUGA